UCUCAGGUCAGCACAUUAUUUUGUCCAAGCCUCAUCUAUAUUGUAUCCAGCAAGUGUCCGCGGACCGCGGAGAAGUCCUAUUAUUCUUAUCAGUCGAUCCCCCUCGGACACCGGAUAAUAUUCCCCCCCACCACACAUUUUCCAUUGACAAUAAUGCCGACUAAAGUGCAAAUGACACUUCGGGUUAAGCUCCGAGGAAAAACGCCCGGGAUCCACCAGCAAAAUGCUUGACCCGAGCUCCCUCCCGUCCCGAGCGGGUCUCUUAUCAAGAUCCGAGUGAUAAGCGCACAAUGUUUUUAUCUAAUUGUCGCUGGUGGUGCCAUCGAGGGGUAUAUAUACUGUGGCAGCCAAGCAAUCCAUCUGCUGGAUUUGACAGGAAGACCCCAGCGGAACAAUGUUGGAACAGGAUCACGGCGUGGAUACUGCCACGCAUCAGCAGCCGCUGAACCACGAGUCCAAAGGGCAAGACACGGUGGUCGUUGACAAUGAGCUCGAACAUGGCCGUAGAAUCUACCGCCCGACCCGAUGGCAAAGUAAUCUGACGAUUCUCAGCUGUUACAUUGCCAACUUCAGCGAUGGCUUCCAGAACUCACUGGCGAACCCUACCAAUGUCAUUUUCAAGCAGCUGCUCGGCACGUCUGGUUACCCGUCCGAGAUGCAGACGCGAAUCAGUAACGCCCUCCUCAUCGGUGCGAUUCUUGGUGUGGUGGCUCUUGGGUACAUUUCCGACAUGACCUCUCGCCGUGCGGGUCUAUUAUUCACCUCCGGACUAGUGACCAUCGCCACGUUAAUGUCUGCUCUGGCACUGCAGGUGCAUCCAACAUAUAACAUGCUGUGGUACUUCGUGGUGGUUCGCGGAAUCUGUGGAUUCGGUGUUGGUGGUGAAUAUCCUCCCAGUGCCGCAGCGGGAAUCGAGGAGUCCGACGAUUUCAAACGUCGCUACCGCGGACCGAUAUUCGUGUCCUUCACUACGUUGAUGGCCACCUCGGCCGCACCAAUCCAGAUGAUCGUGUACCUCGUCUGCCUGAAAGCCAGCAACAACAACCUCCCGGUCACCUUCCAUGCCAUCUACUCCAUCGCCACCAUUCUCCCGGCCAUCAUCCUGGUGCUGCGAUUCUUCAUGACCGACUCCACCCUCUUCCAUUAUUCCAACUUCAAGCGACAGAAGAAACCCCCGAGACUCUACUGGCUCCUCGCCAAGCGAUACUGGCGGCGUCUCUUCACCACCUCCCUGGCCUUUUUCCUCUACGACUUCAUCAACUUCCCCAACAGCAUCAUGUCCAGCACCAUCAUCUCCUCCCUCGUGCAAGACCACAACAUCCAAACCACCGCCAUCUGGCAGGUGAUUCUGGCCGCGCUGCCCGUCCCCGGUGUCCUCGUCGGCGCGUGGCUCACCAACGUCAUCGGCCGGCGCAACACCGGCCUCGUCGGUUUCGCCGGCUACGUCGUCCUCGGGUUCAUCAUCGGAGGGACCUUCCCCAAACUCUCGCAGCACAUGGGCGCCUUCGUGGUGUUGUACGGCCUGCUGCAGGCCUUCGGGCACCUCGGCCCCGGUGCAACCAUCGGGCUAAUCUCCACCGAGUCGUUCCCCACCGCGUUGCGCGGCAUGGGGUACAGCGUGGCCACGGCGUUCGGUCGGACAGGUGCGGCGGUGGGGACGCAGUGCUUCACGCCGCUGCAGGAGGCGGCGGGCAAGAGUGCGACAUUUUAUCUAGCGGGCGGGGUGGCUAUUCUGGGGAUGAUCGUGUAUUGGUUUCUGCCGGAGAGCGGAGAGUUGAAUCUCGAGGAGGAGGAUCGCGCGUUGGAGGAGUAUCUGGCGCAGCGUGGGUUUGGGAUGGAGAGGAAGGCUUGAGGGACUUGUUAGGUCUCGUGUUCGUAUAAUGUCUCGUAAUCUGAUCAUUACUAGGUUAUGUAGGUGGUUUGCAGUAGGUAAGCGAACAGGCAGCCAUCAC